GCGGCUUACUGGAAGACCUCUCGACACCGACAGAAACGAAAAUGUUCGAAAUGCUGGAUGAAUAUGAUGACAACAAUAAGAUGAUGAUGGGUGAGGAUGAAACAGAAUAUUUCGUAGAAAACCAAACGUCGCCGUCUCGUGACGUAAACGCUGAGGAUGAGAAAUUGAAGCGCAUCAAGUCUUCCGAUUCCCUGUCGAUAAACCACGACCACGAAGAAUUCUCCUCGGAUGACGAAUUUUCUCCAUCCGUUUCAAGGCCACACCGUGAAGUCCCGUCACAAACAACAGCAUCAAAAGGAUGUUUUGUUAAGUCUGAACCAGACAUUCGUGUCAUUACGGUCGACACUGAACAGAAAUCUGAAAUGUCGCCUAUGGUUCACGAAGUCGCCGAACAAUUGAAGUCGACUUCAGAACCUCAGCUGCGAGUCCUGACUUUCAGCACUCCUCGGUUACCCGUAAACAAGGUACAAGGCAAGAGAAACAAACGAAAACGAGGCGACCUUGCUUAUCAAGACAAAGAAUUCCUCAGACUGGAAAAGCGACGUCUCGAAUUGCAGGAACAACAACUAGGAAUUUUGAAAGGUAUACAGAAGCAAAUGGAAAUGGACUCUGAAAGAAACAAUGCUUUCCAGCUGGAGUUUCUUGAGAUAUUGCGGAAAGGAAUUAAAACAGCACAAGUUUCCGCAGAAAAAUGACAAAUACGCACAAAACACACACACACACACACACACACACACACACACACACACACACACACACACACAUACACAUACACAUACA